AAUCCUAUUUAAAUUCAAAGCACUCUAUGAAAAAAUUUCAAAAGGAUCGCUUUAAAAAAAAAAGACAUUUCAAUUUAACUAGCAGUAAGUAACUCAUGUUGACUAAACUCAAUAAAGAAGCAACCACUGAGAUCGCAGAGAAAAACCUCAAGAGGUGGCACCCCGACUCGCAUUAACCCAGGGAGACAUGAUGGCUAAGGAAGUAGGUGGGACAAUGACUGGGCCCGAAAACAAGAAAAUCUUUGUUAUAAAAGCCUCCGAUUUCUGCACGAUUAAGUUGAAAGAAGGUGAGCUUCGAGUUAAGUAAGCCUAGGCAGUUUUGAAUUCCAGCUCGCCCACAAUCUCUUGCAACCUUAGGCCGCUUACCUGAGACUUAGCCUUUCUUACCCAACAAAUCAGGGAAAAUAACAGCUACCUUACAAGACUAGCAAGUUCGUGUUAAAUGAGUGAGAUGAGCGGAACACCUAACAGAGGACUCAGACAAUAACAGCUUCUCCAAAAAUUCUCUAUUUGUGGUUGGCUGAGGCGGAGGAACAAAAUGGCGGCGCUGGCGGCGGGACCGGGCCGUCUGGCGGCGUGACCGGGCCCUCUGGCCCAUAGCCGUUGGCAGCGGUGGCAGCAGUACCGCUGCCCCAACUCGCUGUGCCCCCUUUCUCAGCCCACGACGUCGCCGCGACAGCGAGGCAGCGACCGCCACCCAGAAAGAGGUGGUGGCCCAGCCUGGCAACCUUGAGAAACCCUCGCAAACUGUGGCCUGGCGGAAAUCCUGGUGUGCUGCAGGGAUCAGGCUGACUCCAGGCCCUGUAACACCGGGAAAGGCCUCGGUGGCCAUUUCCAGCAGCCCUCAUCCUCAGCCUUGUGGGCCGGCGGGCCCCGGAGGCCUCCAUCCUCCCCUAGAGGGGUCAGGGCUGAGCCCAGCCUCCAUCUUUGCCUCUCAGGAUGGCAAACAACAGCGGCUCCAAAGCCGAACUCGUUGUGGGAGGGAAAUACAAACUGGUGCGGAAGAUCGGGUCUGGCUCCUUUGGAGACGUUUAUCUGGGCAUCACCACCACCAACGGCGAGGAAGUAGCAGUGAAACUGGAAUCUCAGAAGGUCAAGCACCCCCAGUUGCUGUAUGAGAGAAAACUCUACACGAUUCUUCAAGGUGGGGUUGGCAUCCCCCACAUGCACUGGUAUGGUCAGGAAAAAGACAACAAUGUGCUAGUCAUGGACUUUCUGGGACCCAGCCUCGAAGACCUCUUUAAUUUCUGUUCAAGAAGGUUCACCAUGAAACCUGUACUUAUGUUAGCCGACCAGAUGAUCAGCAGAAUUGAAUACGUGCAUACAAAGAAUUUUCUACACCGAGACAUUAAACCAGAUAACUUCCUGAUGGGUACUGGGCGUCACUGUAAUAAGUUGUUCCUUAUUGAUUUUGGUUUGGCCAAAAAGUACAGAGACAACAGGACCAGGCAACACAUACCGUACAGAGAAGAUAAACACCUCAUUGGCACUGUCCGAUAUGCCAGCAUCAAUGCACAUCUUGGUAUUGAGCAGAGCCGCCGAGAUGACAUGGAAUCCUUAGGCUACGUUUUCAUGUAUUUUAAUAGAACCAGCCUGCCGUGGCAAGGACUAAGGGCUAUGACAAAAAAACAAAAAUAUGAAAAGAUUAGUGAGAAGAAGAUGUCCACCCCUGUUGAAGUUUUAUGUAAGGGGUUUCCUGCAGAAUUCGCCAUGUACUUGAACUACUGUCGUGGGCUGCGCUUUGAGGAAGUCCCAGAUUACAUGUAUCUGAGGCAGCUAUUCCGCAUUCUUUUCAGGACCCUGAACCACCAAUAUGACUACACAUUUGAUUGGACGAUGUUAAAGCAGAAAGCAGCACAGCAGGCAGCCUCUUCCAGUGGGCAGGGUCAGCAGGCCCAAACCCAGACAGGCAAGCAAACUGAAAAAAACAAGAAUAAUGUGAAAGAUAACUAAGCGUGAAUGAGGAACAGAAGAAGCAGAGCAGAUGAUUCGAGCAGCAUUUGUUUCUCCCCACAUCUAGAAAUUGUAGUUCAUACGUACACCAGCUAGUGGCUGUGGACAACCAUUUAGAUGGUGUUAAAAACUUCAAUAUAAACUGACUCUGGGGAGCGUUGGUGAUGCUGUAUCCCAAAGUGUAGCCGCUGUAAUUGUGAAUAUUAACUGAGGUAGUGAAA